AUGGACGCCUUCGUACAGCGGCUGCCGCGCCCAAGGCCACAGAGCCCUUUGAGAUCUCCUACGAGGCCAUCGCCACGUGGUGAAAGGCCCACCAAAAAGGUCAAGGUCGAGAUCCAGAAUAGCGACUGUGACGAUGAUGAAUAUGACGCCAAAUCCGCCGACGAAGAUGCCGAUACUUCUGGGCUCACUGUCAACGAUGUAUUUGAUGAAGAAGAUAAAGACAAUCGCCGUAUCCGGCAGACCGACAUCGAGAGUACUCUGCCGCCUAUUCAGGCAGACAAAGAGGCGAUUGAGGAGUACGAAUUGAUGAAGAGUUCUCAGGCCAGCGCUCCCGAUGAUGAAAAACCAGCCACCGCGAAUCGCCAAUGGAUCCGGGGUAAGAGUUCCAUUUAUGUGGAUGCCUUCAACCUCGCUUUGGACACCGUCUUGGCAGACGAAUCUCAUCUAUUUGAUGCCAAGGAAUGCGACGUCUUUGCGCAGUGGAAGAGUCUUGACUACGAAGCCCAGUAUCUCUACGUGCGAUUGUUCCUGCGCAAGACAUCGGCAUGGCAUCGCCAAGACCGAUUGGGAUACUACAGUGAUAUUUCGGACCCCGACGUGGCCAUCAAGUCACUCCAGAAACUGAGAGAUCUGCCAAAGGUUGAGGUCUCCAAGGGCGAAAACCCAGUCGAGGGCGUUGAGCUGGAAGAGUUCAGCUUAGGUGACACAUUCACCUUCGCUGAUGCUUCGGAAGAGCACAUCACCACCAUUGAGGAAGCUUCUUCGUUGUUAAGCCUAGACGAGCUUAAAGACCUCGCCAAAGAGGCCAAGUUCCAGGGCCGGAACAAGGCUGAUUUGGUAAGGGCGCUUUGCCGAACAGGCUAUCAGCAGACCGGGCUUUUUGCGCAUGGACUUCAGAGAUCUGGCAGCGGAGACUCCCAGAUGGUGCGAGGCUUGAUGAAAGAUCGUCAUGAUACGCCUCCACCACUGAACCGACAGGACUCGAAUCAGACGCAGCAUUUUUUAGACAAGAUUAGAGACAUUACUGGACCAUGCAUUAGGCUUUCGCCGCUGACAUACAAGCUCUUUGAGAGGGUGCACCUGGUCUUCUAUCGCUCGACCGAGUGGACUGAAAAGUCCCUCACGGCCAUCAUUCUUGCUAGCAUCGCACGGCGCAACUACCCCGAGUACAUAGUCUGCCGAAGCACAAACAUAUUCGCUACUCGCAGAGAUGUGCUCGAAUUUGAGUCAGCGAUUCGGGUGGAAGCCGAAGUCGACCAGGUUCUGGAGUUCAACGGACCACCAGGUGAAGCAGGGUUUCGAAAGGUUGUGGACAUCUUUGACCGAGUUUACCCUCGAUGGAAAGUUCUUUUAGCUGAAGAGCAGGAAAAGGAAAAGCAAGUGUAUGAGGAGGGCGAAGGUGCCUACUUGAGAAGAUUUACGCCUGUCCACUCAUACACUCGCAUCAUUCACAAAGCUGCAUUUGUCUUUGGGCGAUUGAAGGAACAUGAACGCGAGCAUUCCAUUCUCACUGAGCUUUUAGAGCAGCACCUGUUCCAUCCAGCGCGGCGAGGCAGUUGGUACCAGCGCAAGGCUCUUCUCGAGGAGCAUUACAUGCACGCACUUGAUGGCAACGCAGUGUCUGCCGAUCCGGAUGUUCAGAAGAAACACUGGAAGCGAAUCGCCGCGACCACAUGCGAAGCAGGUCUUGAAGACAAAGAUUGCCAUCUGAUCUACCACUACGAUUUGCAGAAGCGCCUGAUCAAGCUCGAGAAACAGCUGCGCAUACCUCGCCGUCUGCAGCAUGACUUUGGACAUGUCCGUCUUCAGAAACCCGUGGAGCACACGGUAGAGGGCAUUCAGCUAAAGAGAGAUGACCGGCAAGGCAGGAAUGGCCGCCAAGCAAGCACAAAGACGAUCUGGGUUGACGAGUUGGAAGACGGCGGCGAAUGCAGUGUUGAAGAGAUGUGCCUCAGUUGGUACCGCAGCCAGGGGUACAAGGGCUAUCACGCCGAGGGAGGCAUUGUCCGCACCUUAUUCGCCUACCUUUUCUACGAUAUUCUUUUUCUCUACAUUCCAAAUGUAUUCCAGACGGCAUAUCAGACAUGUCCUUUGGACUUGCACACCGACUCGUUCUAUCCAACACGCAUGUCUGAGAUCAACCAUCGGCUGGUUGAGAUCGCAAACGGCGGUGCGGAAAGAAUCAUCCGCGAGGUCGAUGCCAGAGAACGCGAACGACGCACUUGUGUCAUCGGUCUCAACUGGGAUUACGACAUCGAGGAUCUUGUCGAGCUCGUCGGGUGCUUCAACGGCGGCGCACUAGCCGCCCUCUGCAAGGUGAUGGCGCAAGAAUACCGGCAGCGGGGCGGGGGCUUGCCUGAUUUGAUACUCUGGCGGACGGAGCCAGAAAAGGAAUGUAUGUUUGCUGAGGUCAAAAGCGCCAAUGACCGGCUCAGUGAUACGCAGAGAUUAUGGAUCCAUGUCCUGACGGGGGCUGGCGUGAAGGUGGUACUUUGCAAUGCUGUGGCCAAAGAAGUCAAAGCUUUGGACUGA